AUGUUCAGACGCACCGAAGCACUCUACACCAAUGAGCUAGAUCGAUUAGCAUCAUCUCUCACACAAGCUCUCAUAAAGGCCUACACAGGCUCUGCAAAAAGAUCUACAAACGGCCCCCUUCAACAACCCUGGUGGAACGAGGACUGUACAAAGGCUGUACACGAACACAGGACUGCUAAAACUCCUGUAUCCAAGCGCUCUCUCCGGAGAACAGUCCGGAAAGCAAAACGUGCCUUCUAUAUCUCGAAAAUCGACAAAGUAGAGAACAUAAACGAUGUAUUUCGAAUAGCCAAAUGGCACCAGACUACAGGCAUAUACCGAACCCCGCCUCUAGCAGACCCCUCAAAUUUGACCAUUGCAAACAGCAUCGAAGAGAAAAGAGAAGCAUUCGCCAGCAAUCUACUAACAAACUCGGCCGAAGUCGACGAUAUUCCUUUCGAUAUCCCAGCGAUCCCAAGUCGUUCUAUCAUCUUCCCCGAUAUCGAUCUACAAGACAUAGAACUAGCUAUUCUAAAGACCGGGAACACAGCACCCGGUGCAGAUGAAAUCCCGACGAGAAUCCUACAAAUCGCAUGGCCACUAAUCAGGGAUAUAACCCUCUCCCUCUUCAAAGGGUGUUUAAACCUAGGACAUCACCCAGAAUGUUUCCGGAUAGCCACAAUCGCAAUCAUCCCUAAGCCCAAUAAGCCCGACUAUACCAACCCAAGAUCAUACCGCCCGAUUGCUCUACUUUCAGUUCUAGGCAAAGGCCUUGAAAGACUCAUUGCGAAGAAAAUAUCAUGGCUUGCCCUAAACUACAAAGUCCUAGCAAAUCAACAGUUCGGAGCUCUACCACUGCGAUCCUCAGUAGACCUCACAUCUUGUGUCACACAUGAUAUCGAAGCAUCUUUGAAACAAGGGUUAAAAACUACACUUCUCACAAUGGACGUGAAGGGAGCUUUUGACGCAGUAUUACCAGGACGACUAGUGAACCGCCUUCGGGAACAAGGAUGGUCAAACAAAUUGGUUAAAUGGGUACAGUCCUUUGCCACCAAUCGUUACAUCAAGAUCCGACUGGACGGCGAGAUCGGCCCAAAAACAAAGCUAGAAUGCGGCCUUCCCCAAGGCUCUCCAAUCUCCCCGAUCCUGUUUAUGCUCUAUAUUGCGCCCCUUUUCUGGAUGGGCAAUCCACGGAAGAGAUUCGGUACACACUGGCUCCCUGAACAUCGAGGUGAAACCUGGUCCGCUCAGAUGGCUUGGAGUCUAUUUCGACAGAAGACUAAACUUCAAGCCACAUAUACAGAUUCUUACAGCAAAAGCCCUCAAAGGAGCUAA